CAACGUGUUUCCGGUUGGCUAUUCGCCGACGGAAGUACGGAGAGUGAACUGUUCUUUCUUUUUAAGCAGUCCUAUUGAACAAAAAUAUCGGGUCUAGAGUCGAAUGUUUACUACAUUUAUCGACACAGAGUAUUUAUAUUGAGAUGUCGGAGGACUUGGUCAAACAGUUGAGCAACUACAAAGCCCAGCUGCAGCAAGUAGAAGUCGCCCUAUCUACUGACCCGGACAAUGAAGACCUUCUCAAACUCCAAAAAGACUUACAGGAAGUCAUUGAUUUGACAAAAGACCUCCUGACCUCACAGCCCGCUGAGAGUGCCUCCAACACCAGUGGCUCAGACACAGCUCCUGUGAAGCAUGGCUGGAAAGUGGGAGACAGGUGUAUGGCUAUGUGGAGUCAGGAUGGACAGGUGUAUGAGGCUGAGAUUGAGGAGAUAGACCGAGACAACGGCACUGCAGCCGUUACCUUCACUGGAUAUGGGAAUGCUGAAGUGAUUCCUCUACAGAACCUAAAGGCCGUAGAGGAAGGGAAACGUUUGGAGGAGGAUGGGAGUGUAAAGCCAAAGUCGAGGAAAGAGCAGAUAGCAGAGCAGAGGGAGUAUAAGAAGAAGAAAGCCCAGAAGAAGGUACAGAGGAUGAAGGAGUUGGAGCAAGAAAGAGAGGAACAAAAGUCAAAGUGGCAACAGUUCAACAAUAAAGCCUACUCAAAGAACAAGAAAGGCCAGGUAAAGCGAAGCAUAUUUGCAUCUCCGGAAAGUGUUAACGGAAAGGUGGGAGUGGGAACGUGUGGUAUUGCAGAUAAACCAAUGACCCAGUACCAUGACACGUCCAAAUACAAUGUCAGACAUCUAAUGCCACAAUGACCUGAUAUCACCUGUACAUAACAAUCCACUGUAUACUAGCUGUAUCAGUGCUUUCCAUUGUGUUUAUACAUGAUUUAAGUUUCUCGAGUAAAGUAAGCUUUGAAAGUAAUUGCUUGCACACCAAUGUUUUGAAAUAUUGUUGUAGUUUUCUUAUAUAUUAUUAGGCGCAACAAAUAAAAUCCAUACGUGGGACUUUCCCUGCAUUGGAAUAAGGUUACGUAAGAACUGGAAAUGGUGAUCUCGAAAAGCCAUAGAGUUUGCUGUUUGUUCACUGAGGCCAGAUACCAUCUGUUAUAUUUAUAAAGAUACACCUUUUAGAUGUGGUGUUUACAUUUGAGACUGGAUUUUAAACAUUAACCCGCUGUAGGAAAGUCUGAAGAAUAAUAAUGGUGUUGAUUUUUGAGUUGGCAAAAUUUAAGUUUUCACUCAUGUACAUAUAACAGUGAAAUAAACAUUGUUUUCGGUUUUUAAAGA